AUGUCGGACGACAGCCACGAUCCAGACCAAUGGCCUGAAGAGGUUUAUGUUGAAGCCUUUCCUGCGUCUCGUGGCCCUCGAGUGCAAGCUGUGAAUGUCGAGCGAAAAGAUCAACGAUUUUCCGUAAAGCAUGAUAUUCUGGAGCCAGCGGUGGCUAACUGGAGAAGCAACUUGGCAGCUUCCUCCCAGCGGCGCAACUUGCUUUUCGUUGCAUACAAUUGCGAAGUCCACGUCUGGAUUCCUUCGGGGCCCCUUCAGGUGUUGGGCGGGCAGGCCGAGAUGAUCAUCCACCCAGUUAUGAAGGAUCCACUCGCAGAUGGCUACAUCGACCCAGACAAUCCUCAUGCCAUCAACAGUAUCCUGGUGGAUGAACUCGGCCGAGAUGAAGUCUUGCUGAUAGCUACUGAUUCUGGCAAUGUCUGCGGUUAUCAUGUAGAGUCCAUUUUUUCUGCAGUGAAGCGUGCUGCGGAGAGCGGACAGGACCGGCCCUUUGACAGCACCGGCGUAGUCCCAUUCUUCGUGGAAAACGUCGGGAUGAGCGCGUGGGGCUUGGCCACACACAAAUUUGCCAGACUCAUCGCUGUCAGUGCGAAUAAUAGACAUAUCACUGUCUAUGCAUUUGCAUUAGAUGAUCCAUUAGCGGAAGACGUGGAUGAUGUGGCGUCGUAUCCGGAUUCUGACGGGAUGAACUCAACUCAUGCUGAUAAUACGUGGAUAUCCAUUCAGGAUGGCCAUCAACUUGAGGAGUUGAAGAGGUAUAUGCCUCGCCAUUUUCGUUCUCGCAAUUUACGUUUGACCUAUCGUGGUCAUUUUGCGAACAUACCCCACGUGUCCUUUGCCAACUUCGACUUGGAUUCUAACGGUCUAUGGAUGGUCAGUAUCGACAUUUCUGGCCAUAUCUUAGUCUGGCGAAUAUGGGAUGACUUAGGCCCAUACCAUGUCUACUCGUCUGAUUUUUCAGGAGAUCUAUUCCAUGAUCCUCGUCAAAUGGGCUGGAUGGUGUUUCCGCUGGAUCCUCGGACUUUUAAAAAGCAUGCUGUGAAGGAGGAUGCUUGUGGAUGCGAACCUGGCACCCUUGUUGUCUCAGAUAAAACUAACCUGGACGUGUCCAGCUCCGUCAAACAUGUGCUGGAUGCUUCACAAUCGUGUGCGCAUGGCCCACUUGUAGCUCGGACCCUGGGUGACCGGAUCGACUGUUUGCCUGACGAUUUAUUCAGCAACUCUCCCUGGACAUUGACUUCAGAGGAACCGCACGAAGGCUAUUACGUUAGUAGGCAUUCGUCUUUCGACUCCAGAGAUGACAACAUAUCGGCCGAUAUCAGACACAAAGACAAGCUUCCUAUAGCCAGUCUUUUGGAAGUGGAUGAUGAGCCCCCUCGUGCGCCGUCUCAGUUCCAUCUCAGAUUUCUUGAAGACCUAGAAGCCUUCUCGGAGUCAACCUUGUGCACACUGAUGAAAAGGCCUGUGCAUCCUGUACGCCAGCCAGAGUUCUUUCCUACCAUACACUUCCCUGCACACGACAUUGGCUUGACUCCGUACCCGAUCAAUUCAGAUUACCAGGUCUUGUGCCGCAAACCACUCUAUCAAAGAUUUCGUGAUCGCAGAGAUGAUCGCAUCGCUGGUGCCUACGAUCGCUUCAAUAUGGGCAAGUAUCUUCCUGACAUGGGACUUGUGGUUGCUGCGUCCCAAAAGGGUCGUGUGGCCAUUAUAUCUCUUACAUGGCAAGAGGACAUUGGCUAUGCGUUCCGCCUGGACCACAUUCUUCCACUGGCAAAUCAAGAGAAACUUUCUGAGCGGCCAAGAGGUCCACUUCUCGGCAUGGCUGUGAGCCCAAUGCCAGGAUUUGAACUUCCGCCAGAUGUGCCCACCAUUCCACGCGGCGUUGACCCUAAUGAUUGGGUGCAGUUCAACCACUGCACAGCCAACCCAGUCGAUGAUUCUUCUUCGCUGCCUAAAUCUCCCAAAUUACCUGGGUUCGAACAUCCGGCCGAUGUGGGUGUAGUCCCUUCUAAAACAAAGCCGCAUACUACAGACAGCGGAAAUGUCCGCAGCCAAGCCAGCGAACUGGCCAGCCCGCUCUCAGACUUGGAGUUAGAGGUAGAGGAAGAGCAUAAAGGCAGUCGCUCAAAUGUCUUGAACUCAGCCAGUGGCCACGAAGACUUCACACUUCCAGAGCUACAUGCGCUCGCUUCCGCAAGUUACUAUCCCGAGCAGCGCUGGCACGGGGAUCACCCGUCUCGACACUACCGCUUGAUGUUGUUCUUCCGUGAUCAUACGGUGAUGACUUAUGAAUUCUGGCACACCUGGAGAUCCGAUCCGAACGUUGCGGGCCCCAAGGUCGACGACCCUGACGCUUAA